GUGACUGCCCAUUAGCGGUGACAGUUUUUCCAGCAAAUAAAGGAACUAAAAGUGAUUUUCGGGGUCAGGGAGGACACAGGAAGUUUCUUUGAGCUGUUUUGCAAGUUCAAGCUGUUUCUGCACAUAAGGAGGGACUCCUGAGUUUCUUUUUUUGCACUUUAUAAACUGACUUUGAAACAGCAGCAGCUUUCACUGAUAAGAUGGGGGAUGAAAAAUGCGAAGGUAAAGUGCCUCUUGUUGAAGACACAAAGGUGACAGUGCUUAUUGAAAGCGAAGCAUCAGUCGGGCCUGAUGACAAAGCUGAUUACCCUCUUGCUGGCACAAACUCGAUCUACUCUGCAAUUCUGAGCAGAAACGAAGCAGUCAAGGAUGCCAAGCGUCUUAAGACAUUUCUGGAACUGCGAGACAAAUACGUGAAGAAGAAGGUGGUGUUUGAAGACCCUCUGUUUCCUGCGAAUGACUCCUCACUCUUCUACAGCCACAAACCGAUGAUGAAGAUCGAGUGGAAGCGUCCCUCUGAAAUUUGUGAAAACCCCCAGUUCAUCGUAGACGGAGCCAACAGGACAGACAUCUGUCAAGGAGAAUUGGGUGACUGCUGGCUGCUGGCUGCCAUCGCAUGUCUGACGGUGAACGAGAAGCUGCUGUACAGAGUGAUUCCUCCGGAUCAGAGCUUCACUGAGAACUACGCCGGCAUCUUCCAUUUCCAGUUCUGGCGUUACGGCGAAUGGACUGACGUGGUUGUGGACGAUCGCAUCCCCACCUGCAACAACCAGCUGAUUUUCACCAAAUCUUUAAGGGAGAACGAGUUCUGGAGCGCCCUCCUGGAGAAAGCGUAUGCAAAGUUGCACGGGUCUUACGAGGCUCUGAAAGGGGGCAACACUUUGGAAGCCAUGGAGGACUUCACGGGAGGAGUGACCGAGUUCUUCGAGUUGUCCGAGGCGCCCAAAGAGCUCUUCAGCAUCAUGAGGAAGGCGCUGGACAGAGGCUCGCUGAUGGGCUGCUCCAUAGACAUUUUUUCAGCGAGUGAAAUGGAGGCUCGGACCAAGCAGGGGCUGGUUAAGGGUCAUGCCUACUCCAUCAUAGGCCUGGCGGAGUGUGACCAGGUUGGAAAGGACACCAAAAUUCGCCUGAUUCGCCUGCGCAAUCCCUGGGGUUGGGUGCUGUGGAAGGGACCAUGGAGUGCAAAUUCAGCGGAGUGGUCCGCCAUUUCCAUCGCAGACAAGGCAAACCUUAAAAAACAGACUGUCGAGUCAAGUGAGUUCUGGAUGUCUUUUGACGAUUUCAAGAAGAACUUCACAAAGCUGGAGAUGUGCAACCUGACCCCCGACGCGCUUCAGGGUGACGAAAGACACAGCUGGACGGUGUCGGUCAAUGAGGGCUGCUGGGUGAGAGGCAGCUCUGCAGGCGGCUGCAGGAACUUCCCAAACACAUAUUGGACUAACCCUCAGUAUCGGCUGCAGCUGUACGAGGAGGACGAUGACGCGGAGGACGGGCAGGUGUCCUGCACCGUCGUUGUGGCUCUGAUGCAGAAAGGUCGAAGGAUGCAGCGUCAUCAAGGGGCCAGAUUCCUCACCAUCGGAUUCUCCAUCUAUGAGGUGCCAAAGGAGAUGUGUGGGCUGAAUCAGCAUCUGCAGAAGGACUUCUUCCUGUACACAGCCUCCAAAGCCAAAUGCAAGACCUACAUAAACUUGCGGGAGGUAACAGAGCGAUUCCGUCUGCCUCCAGGAGAGUAUGUCAUCAUCCCCACGACCUUUGAACCCCAUCAGGAGGGAGAGUUCAUUCUCAGGGUCUUCUCUGAGAAGCGGAGCACGUCUGAGGAGGCAGAAAACACAAUCGACUCUCACCAAAUGCAGAAAGACAAGAGAAAGAAGGAAAAGCCUAUUGUAUUUGUGUCAGACAGAGCACGAGCCAACAAAGAAAUCGAGCAUGACGGCAUUCAGGGGGAAAGGAGGAAACCAAAGCAAAAACUACUCCAAACUGAAGAGGAGACUGAAGAGGAAAAACAGUUCAGAACCAUUUACCAACAGAUUGCUGGUGAGGACAUGCAGAUCUGUGCCAACGAACUGAAGAUGAUAAUGAAGAAUGUACUGGCCAAACAUAAUGAAAUAAAGACAGAGGGUUUCAGCCUUGAGACAUGUCGGAGUAUGAUCGCCCUGAUGGACACUGACGGGACAGGAAAGCUGAACCUGCAGGAGUUCAAACACAUGUGGAGAAAGAUCAAGGCGUGGCAGCUGAUCUUUAAACGCUACGAUAAAGAUAAAUCCUGCUCCAUCAGUAGUUUUGAGAUGAGGAAUGCUGUUAAUGAUGCAGGGUUUCACCUCAACAAUCAGUUAUACAACAUCAUAGCCAUGCGCUACGCAGAUGAACACCUCAACAUCGACUUUGACGGUUACAUUUGCUGUUUCGUGAGGCUAGAGGGCAUGUUCAGGGCUUUCAAUGCUUUUGACAAAGAUGGAGAUGGGAUAAUCAAACUCAAUGUGCUGGAGUGGCUUCAACUGACCAUGUAUUCUUAAGUCGCCUACUUGAUCGCUGAUGUAGCUGCAGACAGUUGGUGCUCAUGCUAAUGACUCAACUCCUGGGCAGCCUCUUAAGUUUUUAUAGUAUUUUCUGCACAGGCUCCAGCAAAUCUAAACCUUCAAGCCAAAAUCAGAGUUUUGAUGAUUUCUUUUUUCUUUUUUUGUAAUGUGUAGAUUUUGUCAUCACUCGAGCUAUGACAGUUUACAGUCAGCUUUACUUUAGCUUAUUUUUAAGUGACUGGCUCGCAUCAAGAAAAAGGCUGAUUCAUGAAAGCGUCAUCAGUUUUUCUAGUUUUUUGAGAGCGACAGAAUUUGAUGAAUCAGUGUAGCCCGAUAAUCACAUCCCUGCUUGGCACGAAGCAGCAACGGGCAGGGAAGCAAAAUAAAAUAAAUAUUUGAAUAUGAGAAAUGAGUGAAUGAACAUUGAAUGUUCUGGAGUGAGCACAGAUAGUUUUGGUCUUUUUAUUGCUGUACAUAUACAGUAGGUAUUAAACACAACAACACCGUACACUAUUAUAACAUAGAAAAAUUAAGGCAACAUUCUUUUUAGUUACUCUAUCUACUGCGCAAAAAGAGAGAUGAGUUUUCAAACAUGUUGUGUACAAAGUGAUACAGGGGACAGGAACAUUGCCUAUAAUAAUGAUCUGGCAAAUGUGACAAUCUAAGAGUAAAAAUUAGGAGGUGUUUAAUAUAGUGAGCAAUAUAAAACAUAUACAUAUUCAUAGCCAAACCUCUUAGUUGUCACAUAAAGAAUGAAUGUACAAUUUCUCAAGUGUGACAGGAGAAAACAGUCUGAGUCAGGAAGUAAUUAAUUCUCUAAACUGUAAUAUAUGGAAAAAAAUAACAAGCCAUGUCCGCGAAUGAUGAAAAACCUAAAAUCUGGAAUAUAUUCCAAAUCACAAAACUGACUUGAAAGCAGUCGUGUAAAGGUAUAGAUUUCUGAACUGAUUUUAAACUCUGCAGCUACCUUCCAAAUUUCACCUUUUUUAAAGAAUACAGUUUACCAGCAAGUUCGGGCUGUUUUUGUCUGAGCCAUUGUCCAUGUGCACAUCUCUGUUUGACACUAAGGUGAGGACAGUCUCUGAGCUAAUAUUUUGAAUAACUUUAUAAAGCAUGUGAAAAUCUUGCUGCUGAUUUCAUAAAGGGAAAGCCCUGAACCUUCCUAAAAUGAUCCUUAAUGUCUAAGAUUGUGGAAAUACAGGACCUUUCAGAGAGUAAUCUUUAAAGGGGAACUCCCAAUUUACAAAUCAAAGUCUGUGUACAGGUCUUGGGGACAACUACAAAUGAGAAAUAAUGUUGUAGAAAUCCUUCAGUCAGUGUCUGUUGGGGCUUAAGCUUGAGAAUGAAACAAAUCUGGUGGUGUGGGGUGUCCUCAUCUCUGCUCGAGGCUAGCAGCUCGAGGCUACAUUAGCUGCUGCUAGCGUAAAACACGUGAUUCUCCGACCUCAAGUGUGCGGACAAACACUUUCACAAACUGCGUUCUGAGAUUAUAUGUGUAACCAAAUGCAUUUUGUUCAGGUUCACAGACUGUGCCAACAGAAAAAAACCUGUUGCUUCCAAUAACAAAUCUAAACAAGACUGAUACUGACGGUAGUUCACAGUGUAAGCUGUUCUUCUGAAUGAUUAGCCACGUCGUGCGUUUAUGGUAAUGAGAAAAAAAUGUCAACCAACAGAUUCAAAAGUAGAGUAAUGACUCAUUUUACUUGUCAAAUAAAGCAUAAUUACUGAUAAUUUACACUGCAAAUGACUGAAGAAAACAGCUGAAAAUAAUUAUUUCAACAGCAAAACUGAUCGAUAUUAAAAGCCUGAACGCCUCUCGUCUCACUGUCACAGAGGUCAUACAGUAUUCACCAGACCAAAGAGCUGAGAUGAGCACCCCAAAAGCCAGAAGAACAUAUCGAAAAAAAUUAUCUUCCAUUGGAAAUUAAUGGAAAGUACAACUGAACAUCCUGAAAAGAACUUCACAUCGCUUCACUGCUGCUGUCAAGGCAGCACUUCACUGUCGUUCUCCACGUGCCUCUGCAUGUGUUCAGGCAGCUCCUGCAGGAGGAUACAAACAAGACUGAGGAGCUGUUCUCAUGGCUGUGUUCAACCAACCCAAAUGUUGUCAUGUGCUUAGUGUGAAGGUACUCCAGCAUUUAAAUAAGACUUAAAAUAUGUAU